AGUGGUUGAGUUUGACGUCACCCACUACGGAGUGUCACACCAUUCUCAACACAAAGUGGCUUCCUCUUACUAGCACAUUCGCACUGCAGCGCAGCAACAGUUUUUUUUUUUCUGGCACGGUGUUGUGAAGGACCCUGACUUAACUAGGACUACAACCUUUGGAGCACACAUUCAGAACAUUAAGAGGACUAUAAAAAUCUUUUUUUUCAGGCAUUUUGUUAUCUUGGUGUCUAUUUUUUUUUUUUUAACUUCUCAGCUUUGAUGGCAUGAGGCCAGUGAGUAUAUCUUACAGAUAAUAGCGUUUUGAGUUGAGUUUUUUUUUUUUUUUUUUUUUUUUUAUAAGAAAAGGAAAUGCCUACUGUAAGUAGGUAUAUGAGUUUUCGUUCAUCAAAGCGAUUUAAAUUGACCAGCAGCUACCCAGUAGAGAGCAGUGGUGGCGGGCUGCCAGCCAAAGUAAAGAAAAGCAGGAGCAGCUUUAGCAAUGGCAGCAUCAAGAAGGCAGAGUCCAGGAAAGCCUUGAGCUUGGAGGAGUCCCAGCACGAGAUCCAGCAACAGCACAAAACCCUCACCAGACAAGUAGCCAUCAGGUCGCAGACAUUCGAUGCUGACAGCAGAGGCUUUGAGAGGACGGAGGGCACUGGCACACAAAGCAGUUUCAUAAAGCACAACAAGACAUUCCACAAGUUGUUUCCAGACAUUCCUAAGAGUGAAGACUUGAUACAUGCAUACAUCUGUGCCCUGCAGAAGGAAGUGCCCUACCAUGGUCGCCUGUACAUCACUGACACCCAUGCCUGUUUCUACUCCUCAGUUCUGCUCAAGGACACUAAGGUAGUGAUUCCAGUUUCCUGCAUCCACAUAGUGAAGAAGCAGAACACAGCUUUGCUGGUACCCAACGCCUUGUCGAUCCGCACCACAGAAGGAGACAAGUACCUGUUUGUGUCGCUGCGGAACAGAGAAGCAUGUUAUCAGCUGCUGCGUUCAGUAUGUCCUAUAGAGGAUGGCAGCACAAAUAGUAGCCCGGUCUUCUCCUCAGCUGAGAACAGCUUUGAUAAGAGCAAACUUGUGAACUCCAGUCAGUCCAGUUUGGACGACAGCUUCGACCAAUUCGAUGGCUCUGAGUCACAAUCUUUACAGGACCAGCCUCUGCACAGACCACACAGAGAGGCAGUGCCUAAUGGGAACGCUUUCAGGAGCCUACACAUGCAGCGGCGUGAUAGCUCAUCCUCAGAGGAGCUGUCAGUAUCAGGUUCAGGUGGAUCGUGGGUUUGGAAUGUGACAGAAAAGGCCAAGUCCCUGCUGGUUCAGAGAGAGGCCAGCACCCUCAACACUCUACUCUUCAUUUACUUGAUUUUGGUUGUGCUGCUGCUGCUGUCUUCCGGCUACAUCGGUUUACGUAUCGUGGCCCUUGAGGAACAGCUGACGUCCCUAGGGGCAUUGCCUGAGUUCACUUUACAGAGCGGGUACCACCAAGACACAUAACACUCAGCGACUGAAGUAGAGAUUGGUUGACUCAUGACUGGACGAUUAUUUCUGCCUCUUUCAGCACAAGACACCGUGGGAGAAAUUUCAUGUACUCAGACUGUGCUCCCAACAUGGCCUCUGCUGUUGGCUAGAGGAAAAAUGGCCAACCUGUGCAAUUUCAGAGACAACUUGUUAACUUGAAGGGCUAUACUUCCUCCUAGUGCAGUAGACAAAUGGACAUGCCUCGACUUAGUCACUCCGAGCCGAGCCAAAAUGCAUGCACACACUGCCUGGUUGCAGCGUGUUUGCCGUUCAAACCAAAGCCAAACGGCUCGAACUUAGCAAUGUGCCACACUAGCAAAGUUGACGGUCACUUUCCUGACAGAAACUGUUCCACAUCUGUGAACUACUUGUUUUGUCCUUCAUAUUCAUACUCUUCUCCCUGAGCAUGCAGUCUGAACAGGGCUAUACCAAUCAGCAUUAGCCUGCUCUAGUGCUUAUUAUUGCACCUCAACACCAGAAACUAUGCAUAGCCAAAGAUGCACACAGUGCACGUCUUUUGCAUGAGUGCACGGAGAUGACUUUUACAUGAUUUUCUAUCUCUUAUUUACCUUUCCAUCUGUCAGCGGUAUAUACAAAUCUGUCCUUGUCCUUAAAUUCAGUAACUGUCGGGUACUUCUCUUCGAAUUAUCUUCCAAAUCUGCUGUGGGUUGAAAUGAUGAUUGCUGAAAUCUCAAAAUCAGAUCAGCCCAUGGAGGCUUGAUACUCUCCUGAUGGUCUUAUCCUUUCUCUCUUUCGCCAACCAGCAAUGAUUGCAGUAUUACUUUCCUCGUCUUUGGCAUGAUUUAAACCAGUUUAAUGAUCAAUGCUCAGAGGUUAUUUUUCUCUGCAGUCUCAACUGGAUGAAUUAAUAAACAAUGCACAAAUAUUUAGUACAAUAGGACACGAGGAUGUUGUCUCAGAGGCAUCGAUGUGUUUUUGUGUAAGACUUUUCUAUGACUUUCGUCUUCAAAAGCAGAUUUGCUGUCUGUUUCAGAUGUCUGAUGUACUGUCUACCAGGACACAUUGUGUUAAAAGUACAAACCUCUCUCUUUGACAGGCCUCUUGAGGACCAAGUGGCAUUUGUAGAAUUUUCAGGUUAUUUUAAAGUAGCACCAAUAAUGUAUUUCUAAUGUUCAUGCAUGUGUCUGCAAUAUCGACACUUGACUGAUACUGUAUAUGCAUUCUCACUCUUUUCACCCGAAGAGGAGAAUUUGCAACCAUACUUACUGUAAGGUCCAAGUUUUCAACAGCAAAACAGGUGGUCCCAAAAAGAAAUUUCAUUAUGCAAAAAGUUAUAAUGCAUGGCAAAAUGUAAUUUGUCUUUUGUGUGCUGUUUUUUAAAUGGAGCUUGAUGUUUGUGGAGAAGAAAUUGUGAGCUUGAUGUUUGUGGGGAAGAAAUUGUGUAAGAAACAAUUGUUUGUAAAAACAGACAAAACAGGCAUGAGUGGAAGGAACAGCUCAAGCGAGCGAGCGCACUUUAAAAAAUGUGUUGUGCCUGUCACAAUCCAAGACUCCGUUUUUGGAUUCAGAAGAAAUGGCAAAGCGAGCGUUCUGUGGUAUUGACGGUGCUAAGACCUUUUUAUUUUAAAUUGUUGUCACUCAGGGGUGGUGGGCACUACCUGCCACGUGGUUUUAGGUUGUCAUCUUUUCCUUUGUCUAGUGCUUGUGAUGGAGUUCACAUUCUAUACAUCCUGGCUUUGGUGGUUUCUCAAAUGUCCCUUUUGAGAAAGAACACUACUUUUCAUUGAGAUUCACUUGACUUUGCUAAGUGAUGUUGUUAUAUUCAGCUUCUCAGAAUGGUUGCUCCCCCCCAUGACCCUUUUUAACCUAACCUAACAAUGCAUAUCCACACCACAUCUCAAUGAGUUAACAUCACCCUUGUUGUGGAAGCUCUUCUUGACAAGAUGUAGCGAGUGGGUUUACUUUUUCUACAUCCUGUUUCAAGAUAGACACGUUCUUAUGUUUAGCUAAGGUGUUUGUGAACAUGCCAUAUACAGUACUGUCAGUUCUUAUAACCCCCCACCAGGGGGCAGCACACACAUCCACUGUCCUUGAAUGGACUUAAUGUAAGAAUCUCAAUGAUGAGGGCAGUAUUUGUGUGGUUUUGCACUAUUCAAAGUGUUGUAAAUAAUUUUGUAUCAAUUGUUAAUGUCCUUAAUUCUACUAUGGUCCCAUAUAUAUAUUUAUUUGCAUUCUGUGUAAUUCAAAGUAGUCUCUGUGAGAUGGCUUUGCUAUUGUUCAAAAUAAAUCAAAUGUUGCAAAGUAAA